UUGAAAAUGCGCUCAAGAAGCAACAGCUUGGAAAGCUCAUCCAAACCUAAAAGGUUGCAUCAACAAGCAAGGUCACGCCAUCGAAAUUCUGAAAAGGACGAGUCAUACUCAGGAACAACUAAAAUGAACAAUCGAAGGGAAAGACUCUUUAUGGAGGAGUCAGGGACUGUUUUGCGAAAUCAUAAAACAAGGACGUCAUCUAAAAAACAUGAAGAUCUUUCUCGAGAUGACCUAUUGUUCCUGCUCAGUAUACUUGAAGGUGAAUUAGAGGCCCGAGAUGAAGUAAUAACUGUACUAAAAGCGGAAAAAAUUGACUUGGCACUUCUGGAAGCACAGUAUGGCUUUGUUAUGCCAAAGAAGGUGCUACAAGCUCUCCAACGGGACACAAUCCAAACAAAAACAGACUCACUGCAGGAGGAUAUCUAUGAAAAACCAAUGGUCGAGCUCGACAAGUUGGUUGAAAAACAGAAAGAGACUCACAGACGGAUGUUAGAGCAACUUCUACUGGUAGAAAGAUCCCACAGGCAGACAGUCGAGGAACUGGAGGAUGAGAAAAAGAAGCACGUGGACUACAUGGAAAAGAGUGAUGAAUUUACCAACCUCCUUGAACAAGAACGUGAACGGUUGAAAAAGCUAAUUGACCAAGAAAAGGCCUACCAAGUGAAAAAAGAUCAAGAAAAUGUCAAAAAAAUUGCUAAGCUAAAGGAAGAGCUUACCAAGCUGAAAUCAUUUGCAUUGGUACUGGUGGAUGAACAGCAACGGCUUUCAGAGCAGCUUAACCAACAGAAUCAAAAAGUUCAAGCUCUAUCAGUCACUGCACAGCAAGCUCAGGAGAAAUUAACAGUCUCCGAGGAAAAGACAACAGAAGAAGGAAAUAAAGUGUUUGCUCUUGAAAUUGAGCUGCAAGCCCAAUCUAGCAGAUUUUAUCAAGAGCAGGAAACAAUAAUGGCCAAAUUGACCAACGAGGAAAGCCAGAAUCGACAGCUUCGACUAAAACUUGCCACACUCAGCCGACAGAUAGAUGAACUGGAGGAGACUAAUAAGUCAUUGAAGAAAGCAGAAGAGGAGCUGCUGGAUUUAAGGGAAAAAAUAAACAGAGGGGAAUGUGGGAAUUCCAGCUUGAUGGCAGAAGUGGAAGAGCUACGUAAGCGGGUGUUGGAAAUGGAAGGAAAGGAUGAGGAGCUCUUAAAAAUGGAGAAGCAGUGCAAGGAUCUCAAUAGAAAAAUAGAAAAGGAAGAAAGCCACAGCAGGAAUCUAAAAACUGAAGUAGAGAAAUUAAAGAGGAGAAUAAUGGAAUUGGAAAAAUUAGAGGAUGCAUUCAGUAAAAGUAAACAGGAAUGUUAUGUGCUCAAAUGCAAUCUGGAAAAAGAGAAGAAUUUAACAAAGAAAUUGGAAAAUGAAUUAGAAACCUUAAAAGUGAGAGUCAGGGAACUUGAAGCAAUUGAAAACAAGCUGGAGAAAAUGGAACUGGCCAUGAAGGAGGACCUAAGCAAGCUUAAAACAUUAACUGUGAUGUUGGUUGAUGAAAGAAAAAAUAUGGCAGAGAAGGUGAGACAAACAGAGGAUAAAUUCCAAAACGCAAAUGCCCAACUUCAAAUAGAGGAAAAUAAAGUUACUGUUGUGACAGAGAAACUAAUUGAGGAAAGUAAAAAGGUAUUAAAAUCCAAAGCAGAAUUAGAAGAGAAAACAUACAGUUUGACCAAAGAAAGAGAUGAGCUUAAAAAGAAGCUAAAAAUUGAGGAAGAGCGAGGAAAUGAUCUUCAGUCCAAGUCUAACCUCUUGAAGAAAAGACUCCAGUCCCUUGAAGCAAUAGAAAAGGAGUACCUCAAAAAUAAAGGAAAACAAGAGUUUGACAAAUCUCCUAAACAUAUACAACAGGAUGAUAAUAAAGUAAGGGAAUUAACUUGUGAGGUUGAAAGGCUUAAGCGCAAAUUGAAAGAUAUGCAGGUUGUAGAAGAUGAUCUAAUGAAGACAGAAGAUGACUAUGACUCACUGGAACAGAGGUACUACAAUGAACAACAGGAAGUAAAACUAUUGUCAGAAGAGCUUGAGGCUGUGAAGAAGGAAUUAGCCAGAUAUAAACUAGCGGAAAAAGCUGAAUCAACCAAUGAACAAAACCUGUUUGACAAACUCAGUGAGGAACAGGCAAAAUCAAGCCAUCUAACAAGAGAAGUGGAAGCCCUCAAAGACAAGAUUCAUGAAUAUAUGGCAACAGAAGACUUACUAUGUCAUUUUAAAGCAGAACAGACAUCAUUGCAGAAAAAGCUGACUCAGCAGGAAAACCGGAACAAAGAACUAUCAAGAGAAACUGAAAAUCUUACCAAAGAACUAGAGAGAUACAGACGGUUCAGCAAGAGUCUUAGGCCUGGCAUGAAUGGCAGGAGAUUAAGUGAAUUACAGCUCUGCUCAAAAGAGAUCCAAACUGAUGCAUUGGAUAGUGAACCACCUGAUUAUAAAAGCCUUAUCCCUUUAGAAAAAGCAGUUGUAAAUGGAAAGAUAUGUACAGAAAGUGAAGAAACCGAUUUCAAUUCUCAACGUGAUCAAUCCUUGCAAGUGAAUUACAAUUCACUAACAGUAAAUAGUGUCAAUAAUAAAAAGUCAUGGACCCCAUGGAUGAAGAGCAAGGAAUCUUGUGCACAAAAUGGAAAAGCUGUAACCAAACAGAACGGAAAUCUGGUGCAGCCUGGUGAAAUGGUGCUUACUCAGAAGCCAGGCCAGCCUCUUCAUAUAAAAGUAACACCAGACCAUGGGCACAGCACGGCUACUCUUGAAAUCACCAGCCCCACUUUAGAAAAUUCAUUUUCUUACACUAGUACAGCUGUCAUCCCCAACUGUGGUGUUCCAAAACAAAGAAUAACCAUUAUACAAAAUGCCUCAAUAACACCUGUAAAGUCAAAGCCAUCAGAUGCACACUCCCCACCAGAGCGUGCCCUGACACCCCUUUCCCGGACUACAAAGCUAAAAUCAAGAACUUCAGAUUCAUGUGGUUCAAUGACUCCAGAAAGGACAAUGUCACCAGUACAAAUUGUUGCUGUAACUGCAAGCUCACCGGCACAAGCUUUGUCUCCUGAGCCAAUGGAAGUUGCUACAACUCAUACGAUCUUUAGAGUAUCACCUGAAAGAAUACAAGGACGUCAGAUACAAAAGUCAAAUACAAGUCCUAAUGUAAUUACAACUGAAGACAAUAAAAUCCAUAUCCAUUUAGGUAAUCCCCACAUUCAAACAGCUACACCUGUCUCAAGACCAAUGAGCCCAUGCAGUUCAAUCCAGGAGAUCAGGACUCCAGCUAUAACUAAUGGGACACCAAAUAAGUCAACCAGUAAAAUCACCAGCAGUAUCACUAUUACACCAACAACUACUUCUGCCCCACGUCAUGCACAAAUUACAGUAAGUAAUGUCUAUGAUUAACCUCCCUUCUCCAACCCAAAUCCCAGUGAAAAUAACAGUGCUUUAUUUUCCAUAUUAGAAGAUCCACUUAAAUUUACCUGCAUCUUCUGUUUUAAUUUGAGACUGGUUUGUGCAUGUCAUGUAUAAACCCUGCACCUAAUCAACAUCCUCCUGGAUUUGUGUGUUUACUCAAACUGUGUGUACAUACUAUAACCUGUAACUCCUCAACAUGAGAGACUUGUAUUAAGCGGUCAAUCACCAUUUAAUCUGCACUGUAUUACAAUGGAAAACUGUACUUGCUUCGAAUAUUAAAACAAAAAAAAUCAGAUUCAAAUUGUAAUAGAGAAAAACAACUCAUGAGUAACAGUAAAC